AUGGAUAUCGCAAACAGGGAAGCCGAGGGCCUGAAGCAGAGACGCACACGCGUGGCGUGUCGCCGAUGUAAUUCAAAAAAGAUCAAGUGCAACUCACAAGAGGAAGUUCCCUGUAAAGGAUGCGUGUCAACCAAUACAGACUGCGUGCCCAUAGAGUCACAGCGAGGGCGGUACAUUCGCAAAGGUCCCAGGGCAAGAAAUGCCAGAAAAUCGCACGUCUCUCAGAACGAUAAAGAGAUACCACCAAUAGCCCGCUCGUCAACUUCCCCUACUAGUGGUGUUGACAAUCUUGCCGAGUCGGAAAUACCCUUGCCUCCCGAGGAUCGGACAACUAGCUCCUUCCAAAGAACACUCGAUGCAUCUGAUCAAGACAGUGAUUGCAGGUUCUACUUGCAUAUCGCGGACCAGGGUGUCAGCUCAACACCCCAGCCUAUCUCAAGUCAAAAAGGCACUCUCUUUCUUGGCGAAUCCUUUAGCCUGACAUACGUCGUUCACGACGUUCUAGCUCCCCUUCUCAGCACAGAGUGUGCGCCCAACUACCGCAGACGCCUCCAUUUCCCUGUCGAUGAAGGAUUCGAUCCAUCUAUGAGAGGUCAGCAAAAUAUGGUUGAAGCGCAGACAAAGCUGCUCCAUAGCAGAGAUCUAUGGUUCCAUCCAGACCAACGAGCCUUAGAACAGCUUCUUGCCAUAUACUUCAAGUGGUUUCAUCCAGCGUUCCCCAUUCUCGAAAAAUCCACUUUUCUACAAAAAUAUAAUGGAAACCAGUUAUCGUUACUUCUACUCAAUGGUGUGCUCAUGAUUGCCGUUACGGUCUGUGAUGAGGCAGACUUGGCACUUCUUGGGCUUCAAGAUCGCUAUAAGGCACGCCAGCUUUUUUACAAACAAGCCCGCGCAUUAUAUGAGACUGACUCCGACCCUGAUAAAAUUAACAACGUGGUGGCUUCCUUCUUGAUUAGUUUCUGGUGGGGCGGCCCCAAUGAUCAAAAAGACUCGUGGCACUGGCUGGGGAUUGCAAUAAGCUCAGCCCAGAACCUUGGCAUGCAUCGACAGCGAAGUCUCAUAUGUCUAGCCACCGAGUACGAAUAUGGAGGCGAAUAUGGUGGUGUUUACGAAGAUGUCUUGGUCAGUAGCUCGAUUGGCCGCCCACAGCACUUUUCAGUAUAUGAUUGCGAUGUGGAAAUGCUCUCGUCGCAUGACCUGGAGGGCGAGUUUCAAAAUGAGACAGAAAUUCACUACGUUUGUCAGAUGGCCCGUCUUUCCACGAUAUUCGGGAACAUCAUUUCUUCACGGUAUGCGGCGGUGAAACCCGAUCAUCCUUCACAGAUGAAGAUUCAGCUCGAGAAAGAACUGGAUGAAUUUCGCUCGCAAAUGCCAACAAUUUUGAGAUAUACUGGAAUUGACGCGGAAGGCAAGAUAUGUCUAUGGUCAGCAAUGCUACUAAUGGCGUACAACUUUGGAGUCAUUCUCCUUUGUCGGCCUCCCCAUAGCAAUGGCCUGGACAUGUCUCAAUCGUGGGGCAACCCUUUCAAAGCCUCAUCGGCCGCAAAUGAAGUCACCCGAGUGAUAGAAGAUAUACUCUCACUCUCAAUGGGAAGGGUCUGUCAAAUUCACACAAUCCCGGCACUCUUCAACUCCCUUGCUAUACAUGUUUUCACGAUAUGUACCUCGCGCGCUAUUGGAAGAGAACUCGCCGAAAACCGAGCACGUACCUGUAUGCUGGGCCUAACGUCUCUACAAGAAUCUUGGCCCGUUAGUGGGUGGAUUUUACGUCUUUUCGUUUAUAUCAUGGAGCGAUUGAAGUCCACGUCAAAAUCACCUACUAUCCCUGGAUCCAGGCCGGGUCUCUUGGACACAGGUCCUAAUUUAGGGCCGGGCUCGCACGGAACUGAUACACCAGCCGCAAACACUCCGCGACAGGUACGUGAUGGUAUAAACACCCCAAACCAGCAAGCACAGGCCACUUCGCAGGCAACUGGAAACAUAUUCGAGGACUUGGAUACAUUUCCUGAGAUGUUUGUUCCUAAUAUGUUUCUUCCGGACGCGUAUUACGAGGGCCAUGGAGUGGGCCAAGCGGACUUUUUUGAUCUGCUACGGGUUCCUGACUGGGAUAACAUGGCCAUAUCAUAUAGUUCCUGA